AUGGAUGUUUCCUCCUCUCCCCUGGCUGCCAUGCACCCAGCACCUGCCGUGUCAUGGGGCCAAACCGGUGAUAUCUUUCGUCCUCAUGCUCAAUUGCAUACUAGCAAGGCAUUUGGCUCAGGGACCUUCAAUAUCCGUGAGCAACUGCAACGGACAAAUCCCGACUACUUCAACCUCAAGUCUGUCCGUGGCUCGUCUCCCACCGCCAGCCUUGCUGCAGACCUGUCCCAAAACUUUCGGAUAGACAAUGAGUCGAGUCCACGGUUUCCAACUCCACGCCGGGCUUUGUUCACCUCCAACAUGAUGGGAAACAUGGACGGUCGAGAUUAUGUCACCACACCUCCUUUACCAGCUUCGUCCUCGCCCGUUCCUCUAGAUGUCAACGACAUUAUGGACAUUUCCCCCCUGCUGCCUCACAAGGAGCCAUACUCGAUUCAGAUCACCUCACCCACGCCCGGUGAGCUUCCCGAAGAUGACGACGACGAGAUGAUGUUGGAGUCUCCUGUUGCCAUUGCCCGGAAUCAAUUGCACCCGUCCGACAGCAGGAAACGUCUUGCCCUUCGUCGACCUUCCUUGACCCGCACAAAGGGUUACUCCACAAACGCAUUGGCAAACCGGCUGCACCCCGAUGCUCAGCUAGCAGCCUUUCGCUUCAAUUCGGAAGCCAACCUGCCAUUGGGCGAGUGCUUCCAAGAGUCGCCGCCCCAGAAGAGGCCUUCGUCUGCCAACAGCCCCUCGUCCAGUGGCCCAGGGUCUUUCCGUCAAAAACCUCAAUUUGCUAGUCUGACGGGUACAAGGGAACUCCGCAACAGCUCUCCGUCAUCACACCCGAGACGGCCCUCGAACCCCUUCCAACGUCCCCGGCGCCAAUACCGCCGUUCGCUAAGCAUGUUUGAGAAUCCUGUUGAUGUGGUCAAGCCCAAAACGAAUGAUCCUAUCCCGCAGAGUGCACUCCAAUCAGUGAUGGACAUUGAGGAUGUCCAAGACCCCAUGCUGCCUCACUUUCACCCCGAAGGCGAGAACGAGACAAUUCCCCGGAUAUCCCAAGGGACCUUCCUUGAUGUCUUGGACGGAAAAUAUGAAGACCAAUAUACACAGCGUAUUGUCAUUGAUUGUCGGUUCGAAUACGAAUAUGAGGGCGGUCACAUUGACGGUGCAAUCAACUAUAAUGACAAAGAGCUUCUCACGAGGCAUUUAUUCGAGACCCCCAUGGAGGGCAAGGUCCUGCUUGUCCUUCACUGCGAGUACUCUGCUCACCGGGCUCCCAUGAUGGCUCGUCACAUCCGCUCCGAGGAUAGGGCCAUCAAUGCCGAGUUCUACCCGAGACUUAGUUACCCUGAUGUCUACAUCCUAGAUGGUGGUUACAGUGAGUUCUUCACACAACACCGUUGCCGCUGCUACCCUCAAUCAUACGUGGAGAUGAAUGACGAGGAACACAUUGCCACAUGUGAGCGCGAAAUGGGCAAGCUUCAGCAAAAGCGGAAAGGCUUGGGCAGAGCCAAGACAUUUGCAUUUGGUGCACGUGAAUCCAUGGUUGAAGCAUCACCAACUGCCCCCAGCCGGAAUAGCUUGCAAGACUCACCCCAAAUGAUGAUUGGCAACUCUCCCAUUCUCGGUGCCGAUCGCUCGUCUGCCCGCCGCAUGGCAUCAUACUGA